GCCAUCCAUCGCUGGGGUUGCCAGGUUCGGGAGAGGGGUGAUUUCUCCCCCACCCCUCAAUGGCUCAGAGCCCCUCCGCCCCCCGUCCUGCACCUCUUCCACCCAAGCAUUAAAGAUCAAAUCGUCGAGCCCCCCCACCUCCCCUUUACGCCUGGGCUGUGGGGAAGGGGCUGGGGCCCGUGCUGCAAGGUCAUAUCCAGGGCUGGAACUCCAGGGGAGGGAAAGAAGCCCCUCCCCAGACACACGGACACAAGGAGUCCGUGCCCCCUCCCUCUCCCCAGGGCUGUGGUUGACUGUAGGCGAUCACCUGCUGGUUUACUGGCACAAGAAGAGCGGAGGGAAGGAAACUGGGGGCCUGAGGACUUUGGGGAGCAGAGGCUCGCCCCAUCUUCACCCCUGGGAUCACCCCCCCCCCCGCCAGGCCCCACCAAUGAGUCUGAGGGGCAAGAGGCACCGGGGAGGGGGAAUCCCAGUCAACAGCCAAUACUGCUGGGAUUGGGAAGAGUUAAGAGACGUGAAGGCUGAGCAUCAGGAUCCAGGCAGGUGCCCAGAAAUGGACUCCAAGAUGUGGCCCACGCUGCUGACCUCCCGCCUCCUCCUGCCGCUGUGGCCGUUGCUCCUGCUGCCUCUCCCACCCCCGUCCCAGGGCUCCUCCUCCCCCUCUUCCCCCUCUUCCCCGUCCCGAGCGCCCCCGGCUCCCGCCCGCCCCCCGUGCACCCGAGGGGGUCCCUCGGCCCCUCGCCACGUGUGCGUGUGGGAACGGGCGCCGCCCCCCAGCCGGCCGCCCCGGCUCCCCCGCUCCCGGCGCCAGGCCUCGCCGGGCACCUCGCCCCCGGCCACCCCGUCGGGCUUUGAGGAGGGGCCGCCCUCGUCCCAGUACCCCUGGGCCAUCGUGUGGGGGCCCACGGUGUCUCGCGAGGACGGAGGUGACCCCAACUCGGCCAACCCCGGCUUCCUGCCCCUGGACUACGGCUUCGUGGCCCCCCACGGCCUGGCCACCCCCCACCCCAACUCCGACCCCCUGCGCCACGGCGGGGGUGGCAACGGCCUCAUCCUGGGAGAGGCUCCGGCCACCCUCCGGCCCUUCCUGUUCGGGACCCGCGGGGAAGGAGUCGACCCCCAACUCUACGUCACCAUCACCAUCUCCAUCAUCAUCGUCCUGGUGGCCACAGGCAUCAUCUUCAAGUUCUGCUGGGACCGCAGCCAGAAGCGUCGGCGGCCGUCGGGGCAGCAGGGUCCGCUGCGGCAGGAGGACAGCCAGCAGCCCCUCACCGACCUGUCCCCGGCCGGCGUCACCGUCCUCGGGGCCUUCGGGGACUCGCCCGCCCCCACCCCCGCCCCCACCCCCGACAGGGACGAGCCCCGCGCCGGACCCCGGCCGGGGCCUCCGCAGCCCAAGGGGCCCCCCGCCUUCCAGCUCAACCGGAUCCCCCUGGUGAACCUGUGACCCUCCCGGUGGGAGCUUGGGUCCCUCCCUGCCUUCGAGGCCCGGCCUCCCUCCCCCCUCCCCAACCCAGGCCGGGGGCGAUGCCUGCGGAGCCGGGGGGGGGGGGGGUCCCAGGAGCCCCCCACCACGCUUCGGCCUGGGGCUGCCGGAGGUGGGGGCGGGGGGCGGGGGGAUGCCCCUCUCUCUGUGAGGCGCCCGGCUCCUGCCCCUCGGCUCCCCUUCCCCCAUGUGGGGUUGGCACACCCUCGUGUGGCUUCCGACCCCCCACCCGCCUCGCCCCCCAGACUUCCCCUGGCACACCCACUCGCAGAUCUUGCACACUCACCUCCACGCUUGCACACGCACACUGUUGCACACUCACCGUCUUGUACAGCCGGCCUCUCGCUGGUCCUCCCUCACGUCCCCCGCUCCGUUCGUCGCCAUCGUGCGUCCCGCGGCCUCUGACCCCCUUCCACGUGUCCGUCUUGUGCCCCUGCAUGCUGGAGGGUGGAGGGGGCCGGGGGGCGGCUGGGCCUGCGCUCCCCAGGCCUUUCCUGGGGGACCCCCAAACUCCCCCCGAACUCUGUGUUUGAGGGAGGGCUGGGGAGAGAAGGGUAGCCCCUCCGCCCCCCUCCAGCCACCUCCGUCUUGCCCUCCUCGUCUCUGUCUGUGUUUGUCUUGAACUCAGAACGCCCUUGAGCUCCCCAGGUUUGCCUGGGUUUCUCCCAUUUCGCCAACCUCUCCCGUCGCCCCUCGCCCCCACCCCAACCCCUCUUGCUCCCGCUUUACAUCUCUCUCUCUCCAUUUCUCUCCCUCUCUCCCCCUCAUCUCUUCCUGCCCCUUAUGCUGUGAUAUAUAUUUUUGUAUUCUCUUUCCCCUUGUGGUGAAAUCUUUGAUUCUUGUGGGAUGUCAGUUCAGGAUUUUCAAAUAAAAUCUUUGCAAAAUA